AUGGAAGAGAGGGUGUUAAAAUCUACUUUGCCUUUGGAAGUCAAAGAAAAAAUUCUGAAAGAUACCAAAUUAAUUACUGGUAUAAAUACCAAAGAGAUAACUAAAAAAAUUGCUAAUUCUCCGGUUGACCUAACCAUUGGCGAAGCGGCUAUCAAAAGUCAAAUCCAAGACCUAAAACAAAAAGGAACUACUUACCAAAAAUUACUAACCGAAUAUAAAAAACAACAAAGCAAAAUAAAUGAUUUCAAAGAAAAAAGUAAACAAUGUAAAGAUUGUCAAAAAUAUUGUCCUAAGCACGAAAAGCAAAACCAAGAAGUAAUGGCUAAGCACGAUACAUGUAAUUUUUGCCAUAAGAACGAUAAACAAAUCGAGCAAACAAAAGCAAAGGUAGAGGAAAUCAAGGAAAAAAUAGAAAGAUUGAAAAAAAGUAAGCCGGGAGCAACCAAAGAAAUUCAAAAAUUAGUUAAUGAGUUAAAUAAGAAGAAAGCCCAAGGUGAAAAAUUACGUCAUGAAGCCUUUGCUAAUCGGGUUAAAUGUCCGACCUUAAAUAAAUUAAAAACUGAGCGAAAGGCUUGUUCUAAGUGUCAAGAACAAGAAAAAAAGAAAUAUCGAGCCCGUUUGGAAAAUCCUUUACGACAAGUAUGUUUGGUUAAUAAGGAAAGCAAUCCCGAAAUAUACCUAUUAGCCAACGAAGAUGCCUGCUGA